AUGGAGCUGAUCCAGGCGACCCAGGACGCCUCGCUGCCUCAAUAUGUCGAGCCCACCGCCACCUGGAGCGUCCACUCCCACUUCCUGCUGGCCUCCGCCUCGGCCGAGUCGCUCCUCCUCCCGGCCUGGGACGACGACAACGCCACCUGCCUCAACUGCACCAAGGCGGGCGCGGCGUCCCUGGCCGGCUUGGCCGGCGUCUUCAUCCCGCUCAUCUACGGCGUGGUCUGCGCCGUGGGCCUGGUGGGCAACACGCUGGUGAUCCACGUGGUGGUCAACUACACCAGGAACGAGUCGGUGACCAACAUCUAUAUCCUCAACUUGGCCAUCGCCGACGAGCUCUUCAUGCUGGGCCUGCCUUUCCUGGCGGUCCAGAACGCGCUGCUCUCCUGGCCCUUCGGCUCGCUGGUGUGCCGCGUGGUGAUGACGGUGGACGCCAUCAACCAGUUCACCAGCAUCUUCUGCCUCACCGUCAUGUCCGUGGACCGCUACCUGGCCGUGGCGCACCCCAUCCGCUCCAGCUGGUGGCGCCGCCCGCGGGUGGCCAAGACCGUCAGCCUGGCCAUGUGGGCGGGCUCCUUCGUGGUGGUGCUGCCCGUGGUGGUGUUCGCCGACGUGCUGGAGGACGACGGCAACUGCAGCAUCGUGUGGCCCGAGCCGGCCGAGCUGUGGAAGACCUCCUUUAUCGUCUACACCUUCACCGUGGGCUUCUUCUGCCCCCUGCUGGUCAUCUGCCUGUGCUACCUGCUGAUCGUCAUAAAGGUACGGAGCGUGGGGAAACGGGCGCAGGCUACGUCCUCCCGCCGCAGGAAGUCGGAGCGUAAGAUCACCAGGAUGGUGGUGGUGGUAGUGGCGGUGUUCGUGCUGUGCUGGCUGCCCUUCUACGCCCUCAACAUCGUCAACCUGCUGGUGGUGCUGCCCGGCGACCUCCGGGGGCUCUACUUCUUCGUGGUGGCGCUGUCGUACGCCAACAGCUGCGCCAACCCCAUUCUCUACGGCUUCCUGUCCGACAACUUCAAGCGGGGCUUCCGCAAGGCCCUGUGCCGCUCCUCGCGCCGGGUCAAGAGCCAGGACAGGGCCGACGACGGACCGCGGCGGCCCACGGAGGAGUGGGGCGGCAUCGCCCUUCAGAGGCGGGGGGGCGCGCUCGCCGGGGGGCAGCAGGAAGCGGCGCAAGGAAGCGCGCAAACAGGCGAAAUAUUUCGGUUGCGUAACGGCAACGGCAAAGACGGUCCCGAAGGUUCCCGGGUGUUGGACGUGAAGAGGCCGCAACCUGACGACUCCGGUCCAGGUUCUGAUCCUAAACUCAAGUCGCAAAUCGGCACCUUUUUGGAGGACAAGUCGGUGCUAGAAAUCAGCUACUUGUGA